AUGGAUAUUGCAGAAUCAGAAUGCAACUAUGUUAUAACAGUUGAAAUUCCAGGUGUCAAUAUCAAAGAUAUUAGAGUGGAGAUCGAUGAUCAAAAGUUGACUGUAAAAGGUAAACGCUCCACCUGGUUCUGGAAAGUGGCAGGUUGUUCAAAUGAUUCUGUUCCUACAUACCAUAAAAGAGAGAUUUCACAAGGGCCUUAUGAGGUUGUGUGGCCGCUUCCUCCUAAUGUGAACAAGGACAGUGUCUCUGCUGAUUUUUUGUAA